AUGCCGGCCAAGUCCAAAACCAAGAACAAGUCAAUAUGGCGUUCCGAAAACGCACAGCACUUCCAGCUUGUCCAUCGAUCGCAGCGUGAUCCGCUGAUCAACGACCCAGAUGCAGGUGCACACGUGCUGCUCUCGUACGACCCGGCCAACCAGUCGCGCGCCAAGGGCAAGACGAGGGCAGAGCUCGAAGCUGAUGCGUCCGUCAUCCGCGACAAGUACGGCAAACCCAUCAGGAGUAACAUCGGAGAAGCGGCCAACUACGGCAUCUACUUUGACGAUUCAGAAUACGACUAUAUGCAGCAUCUUCGACCCAUCAAGGAUGACGAGAAUGUCAAGAGGGGAGGAGAGAAUGUCGACGAAACGGUCGACACCAUCCUCGUUUCUGCAAAUGCCGGUAGCAAGGGGAAGACAAAGGGAAAAGAGAGCUUCGCCUUGAAGGAUCGAGAUGCCCAAGCAGUCAACAAGGAGCCUGCUCUGAACUUGCCAGCGUCGGUACUGCCUUCGCAAAAAGAGAUGCCAUUCAGCUUCACCUCGCAUCUCGCCGUCGAACCAUCAUUGCAAGGUUUUCAACCGGAUAUGGACCCACAUUUGCGACAAGUGUUGGAGGCGCUGGACGACGAAGCGUUUGUGGAUGAUGAUCUGGACGACGACUUUUUCGGCGAGGUAGUGCAGGAUGGCGAGUGGGAUGGCGUGGUCCGAGAAGAAGAUGCGUGGAGAGAGCAAGCGCCCGAAGGCGACGAAGCUAUCUGGGCUGAUCCAGCGACACGAGCAGAAAACGAGUUGGAGCAGAACGGCGCCGAAAACAUGUCGCUCGAAGCACGAGUGGCCUUGUUCAAGAAGCAGCAGGAGCUUGCACGCAAUGCUAAGCCAUCAUCGGACGACCCAGCGCAAGAUAGCGACGAAGAUCGAGACCAGCUUGCAUCUCUUCGAGGUGGAUCAAAAGCAGGUACCAUGUACACGGUUGGCGGCUCUGUAAUUGGCAAAAAGGGUCGUCCCGGUGCGCUGGCCAGAAGGGCAGCAAGCACCAAAGCUCCAUCAAUCGGGGGUGGCAGUACUGCUUGGUCGAUGAGUUCCUCUGCCAUGUUCCGCAACAAAGGCCUCACCGAUCUCGACGACCGUUUCGCCCAGCUUGGCCGUAAGUAUGGCAUUCGCGAAGAUUUUGACCCCUCGCUCGAGUCGCUGGAGGAUGAAGAAUUCGUGGACUCGGACGGCGAAAAGGCAGGCGAAGAAGUGACACGCCAAGACUUUGAGGGUAUCAUGGACGAUUUCCUCGCCAAGUACGAGACCAAACACGGAAAGCUUCGCGAAGCACUCGGUGGUGUCGACUCGACCUCAGUGGAAAAGCUGAAGAUCUUGCGUCAGGCGCUCGGCAAAGCGCGCAUCAACGGAAAAGAAUGGGAAGGAAAGGAUCUCGACGAAGGCAAAGGAGAAGGAGACCUUGGCGAUUACGAAGACUAUGAAUCGCCUGACGAAGAGAUCGUUGAUCCGGUACCUCGAAGUCACAUGCGCGAGAAGUGGGAUGUCGAGACAAUCCAAUCUACCAAGACGAAUCUCGAGAAUCAUCCGCGCACUAUCUCAGCGAAAGAGAGUGUAUUUGGCGGCAGCAACGCAUCCGCCUUCCGCCCCGGCAGUGUCGCUGGCGGCAGCGCGGUCAACAGGAACAUGCUGGGUAACGGUAUGGCACCCAGCAUGACGAGCUACACCAGCCAACGUCCGUCAGCCUCUGCUUUCCUCAACGACGAAGAGAGGCUGCCCAAGAUUCGCAUCAACCCGCGUACUGGAUUCCCCGAGAUCGUCGGCUACUCGAAACCUCGUGGUGUCAACGGCAAGAAGGCGUCAACCUCUGAAAAGCUCUCACUCGAUCAAGAGCAAGAAGAUGAUGGACGCGGACCCCCUUCCGAAAGCGACUCGGGCUCGGACACCGAAGACGGUGAGGCCGGCGGAUCGGACUAUGACUCGGACGCAACAGAAGGUGGCGAGUUGGCAAGACGUAUGACCACCAUCGCCGUGACCGCCAAACGCGAUCGCAACGAGAGCAAGGAAGACCGCAAGGCACGAAAAGAAGCUCUCAAGGCGAAUAAAAAGGAGCGCAAGGAGCGCAAGAUGAAAACCAAACAGGCGUUCGCUAGCGAAAAGAAAAAGCAGACCAAAGCGGAGAGGGGCCGGAAGGAGACCGAGGGAGGACCUGCUGGUAUGCGAUUGUUAUAG